UGUGCCAUAAGCUACACGGAAAAUCAUUCUAAAUUAUUUAUAGGGUAUUGGCUGGGUGUGCAGUCUUGUACUGAGUUCUGUGGAGACCAACGUGAAGAUUCAGCUUCUGCAUUUAUGGUUGGCAUCUCUUAGGGUGAAGGAGAGAGCACAGAAUGUACUUCCAGACUGAAUGGAGGUGAACAGCUGUGCUCCCUUCUGUGUUGGCUUUUUAGCAUGAAGAGUCUUUAAUCUGUGUCCUUCAGCUGAUGUAGAGUCAGAAGUGUGAGGAGAUCAUCUUCAGAACAGACUGGACUGGGUCUUUUCCCCCUUGGGACUGGAAGGUGGUGGUCACUUUUUCCCCAGUAGACAGGAAGCUGGGCUUUAUCUCCCCAGCAUUCCCAUCCCCUCAAGAGGACCGUGUCACUCCAGACCGGGGAGUGUGAGUCUUUAUCUGGGUUCUGUUUCCUCCGUGGGGCACCAGGUCCUGGGCAAGAGAACUUGGCAGGCUCUCCCCAUGGCGGUCUUAUUCCUCCUUCUGUUCCUAUGUGGCCCCCCGCAGGCUGCUGCAGACAAUAUCCAGACCAUCUAUGUAGCCUUGGGGGAGGCAAUGGAGCUGCCAUGUCCCGCACCACCCACUCUGAGUGGAGACGAACUACUGUCCUGGUUCCGCAGCCCUGCAGCAGUCUCCUCCACUGCCCUGGUGGCCCAAGUCCAAGUGGCCAGGCCUGGGAGGGGGCCUUCCCCAGAGCCUGGGAAGUCUGUAAGGGCAUCCAGGCUCAAACUGCUGGGGAACUACUCUUUGUGGCUGGAAAAGUCCAAAGAGGGAGACGCCGGUCGGUACUGGUGUGCUGUUCUGGGUCAGCACCACAAGUACCAGAACUGGAGGGUGUAUGAUGUCUCCGUGCUCAGAGGAUCCCAGCUAUCCGCGAGGGCUGCGGAUGGAUCCCCCUGCUCCGUCCUUUUAUGCUCUGUGGCCCCUGCCAGACGCCUAGACUCUGUGACCUGGCUAGAGGGAAGGGGUCCUGUGAGGGGCCAUGUACAGUCAUUUUGGGGCGAUGGGGCUGCCCUGCUCUUGGUGUGUCCUGGGGAACAGCUCUCUGAGUCCAGGGAACAUAGACCAAGAAUCAUCAGCUGCCUCAUGCCUCAUAACAAAGGGGUCAGCUUUAGCCUGGCAGAUGCCUCGAUUCCUCAUUUCAAACCUGAAAUCCAGGUCUAUGAGAACAUCCAUGUGGCCCGUCUCAGCCCACCUGCCCACAAGAUCAGAUGAUCUCGAUGACAUCUGCUGGGAAGUGUGACCUGCUGUCUCUCCAGCCAUCUGGCACCUGAAAGAUUCGCCUGAAAACCCUGGCAAGGGGGGAGGGGCUGAGAGUGCUACUUUACAGUCCAGCUGGUCUCCAGCAGUCAAGCUGUGUGUGUGUGUGUGUGUGUGUGUGUGUGUGUGCACGCAUGCUUGUGUGUUGGGGGGGGGUU